CUUUUAGCUCUAAGCUAAUACAGAUAGGUAGUUUGAGUUAUAAACAAGAUGGCCGAGGACUCCCUGUUUGCUAGUGAUUACGACAGUCUGUGUCCUUUAUGUGAGGAGGAAGAUGAGACACCCUGUCUGGCACUCGGAAUCAGUGAACAGCAAAAGAAUGUGGACGAAGAAGCAGAGCUAAAAAGAAACCAUAAAUUGAUUUCUAUAAAUGAAGAGGAAAGUGAAAAAACAGAAACAGUGGCAAAAGGAUUUGUUGAGAGUGAUGAUGAUGAUGAAGAUAGUUGUGAAGAAGAUAUGGUGUUUGAAAUGGGCAGAAGUAAAGUAGAAAAGAGAGUGGAGAAUAAAAGCAAGUGUGAUGUAAAGGUGAUUGAUGUGAUCCCUCCAGCUCAGGAGGAGAAGAGUAGCCCAGUAAAUCUAGUGAUGCUAUGUGAGGAGUCUGUUGAAAGGAGUGUAAAUGAGGAGCUCCUGCUGUGUCCUGCCAAGUCUCUAACCCUUUCGCAGACCCCCUUAAUAUCUUCCCCCUCCCAGAAUCCUUUACAUCUCACACUCCCACCUAGAAAUCCCUCUGUGCUUCAGCUACAAACACAACCAGUGGUUCAGACCCAGAGUUUAGUGUCCAUGCCAGUGGGCCAGGCCCCCUGUUUGAGCAAGCAGGUAUAUGAAAGGAGCCCCUCAAAGUCCAAAACACUUGCUCAUCCUGGGCAAGUGGAGGUGACUCUGCAACAGGUGUACACUACACGCCGCUACACCCGCUUCACAAGCAGGUCUGCGCCGUUAAAAUCAGCACCUCCAGAGAGCGGUUCCCAGCCCUUACCAUGUGUCAGCAACACAGCUCUGAUGGCGCCAGCACCCAAAAAGAAAACCAGGACCUCUUACAGCACUGAUCAGCUGGAGGAGCUAGAGAGGAUGUUUCAAGAUGAUCACUAUCCUGAUGCGGACAAGCGGAAAGAGAUUGCAAUAUCAGUUGGUGUCACACCCCAGAGGGUCAUGGUGUGGUUUCAGAAUCGGCGUGCCAAAUGGCGUAAAACCUCCAAAAUGACAACAAGAAAACCUCCCGCCACCCGGACACAGGGACCUGCUCAACCUCCAAUCUACAGGCCUCCUAUUUUCACAGGUCCUGCGAUUGCACCCCUACCACCCCAAACAGGAAACACACUCCCUCCUUACAGUACAUUGCUGACCAGCUGCAAAAGCCCACCAGCGUCCCAGGGGAGCACAGGGGAUUGUAAGCAUCACCUCAUGCAGAGUCCCCCACCUCUGCGCCGUGCCUCUCUACCCUUCUUUGCUGCAUACAACCCCCCUACACACACACUGUCUGUACUGCUGGACACACCGGAGCACAGUGAGCCUCAGUCAAUCGGCAUGCGCCCCGACACUGGGUUUACCUUUGAUUCUGUGGGCUCAUCAGCUAAAUAUGAGGCUGUUGCCUCUGGUCUUGGAAAUAAUCAGUCUUACCAGUUCAUGGCAUGUCCCCAACAGUCCAGCUCAGUACUGUCUCAGCAACCUAACACACUCCUUUCCCAACAAAGCAGUAACAUACUUCAACAGCAGCCGAACACACUAUUGCCACAAUAUUCACGAUUAUCAUACCUCACUCCAUCUCCAUAUCUGACCCCGAACUCGAGUGAGGGCACUGCAACUUCCUGUAUGACCCUGAACCCAGGACCUGGUAGCAGCAUGCUGCCCUGCACCAACGGAGGACAUGCCUACUUUCAGUGCCAAAACAGUAGCCAGAUACUACUGCAGCCUGGGCUACAGGCACUGCAGGCAUACCCAUGGACUGGUGACAUGUACAGCCAUUCAGUUCCACACGCAAUGCUAAAGCCCCAGUUCUCAUCCCAUGGUCGGGAGAGCCACUACCCUCCACUGGUCCCGCCCCAGUCUUACAUUACACCUCAGGGGGGAACAUGUCCCAGCCUGGCUAAAACUGCCACCCCUGACCCUUUGUUGGCCAGUGUCAAAACAGAGCUGGAGGAAACGGGACACAGUCAGCUUGUCAAAGUUAGCGAGGCAGACACCAUAUUCCACUGUGAUUUCUCACCCAUUCACUUCUGACAGGGCCUUCAGCACUAAUAGAGGAAUCUGAGUCUGCAGUAUGUUUGUGUGUUUCUGUAGUUUGUGCAAUUUUUUUCGUUGUUGACAGCAGGCUUAAUUAAAGUGCCCUUAAUCUCUUAUCA